AUGAAGUUUUCAAAAUUAAUUGGGUUCACUCUAUUAAAUGUUUUGGGUGGUCUAUCUGCCGCUACAUCUAUUAUUGACGGUGAGAGUAUCGAGAAAAGGCAGGAAGUGGAAGAUAAUGUGGCGCCACCUUCUAUCAAUUUAGAAGUGAAGUACGAUAUCGUGGGAAAGGAAUCUGAAAGUCCUAAUACGGUUUUUGAAUUUUACGCUGAGGAUACCGCGUCAUUGGUCUAUAAUAUUACUAAUUGGGAAGAUACCAACAUCACAAUUGUAGGUGUUACCGGAACAAUUGUUACAUACCCAAAUGGUUAUCCAAUUGCGAAUGUUACAGCCGCUAACGUAGGGCCCUUUGAAAUGGAAGUUAAUGGAACUACAAAGUUUGGACAAGACGUUACUUUGAGUAUACCAGAAGGACAAUAUGUUCUGAUUCCGUUUUUAUUAGCUGCUAGAUCUGAUGAAAUGGUGAGAGUUGCAGCACCUCCAACCCUAUUUGAAAUUGCCAGCCCACCUAUCUCCUUCUUCAACCCCCAGUUUUUAUCUGUCCAGAUCAUCGUUUUGGCCAUUGUUGGGGGUAUUAGUUACUACUACAUGAAGUUUAAAACACAACAAAAACCCAUCAAGAAGAACGUCGCCCCCAAGAAAGUUGACGAAUCAUGGUUACCAGAAACAUAUAAGAAAUAA